AUGGCGCCUCUGCGCGCGUUUCUCCGUCAAUCCCUCACCCAACACCAACACCGCACCUUCACAGCUUCCAGCACGCUAUUAGCAAGGCACACCAAGCUACCUCGCGAUGAUGAGGUCCCUCCCUACCCAUACGGAGCUUCGCAGUGGUACAAACAAUCGAACGGGGGUCUAUAUGGCAUGGCCAAGAUCCGGUACGGAAAUAUCGUGUCAAAAAAGAACGAAAUCAAGACGAGGAGGCGUUGGCUUCCCAAUGUACAGAUGCGACGGUUAUUCAGCCCUUCUCUGAAUUCGAUGAUUCGAAUUCGUGUCACACCAAGGGUCCUGAGGACGAUUGACAAGUGUGGAGGCUUGGACGAGUAUCUACUGGGAGAGAAGCCGAGGAGGAUAAAGGAGUUGGGUGUGGGUGGGUGGAAGUUGAGGUGGAUGAUUAUGCACACCCCCAUGGUCAUGGAUCGAUUCAGGCGGGAAAGGGUGAAAUUGGGCUUACCGCCUGUAAAAUUUACAGAGGCUGAGGAAGCGGAGAGAGUACGGGUUUUGAAGAAAAUCAAGGCGGAAUUGGAUCGGGAUAGAAAUUACGACUUUGGAGAGGCAAGGCUGGUGACUGCGUCGUCCUCAAAGGGAGACGAGGUGAGCGAAGAUGAAGGCUUCAUGGAUGCAAAGCAGAGAGGCGCAUCGAAUUCUGCCUGA